AUGAGCAACCCAGCAUCAUCUUCAAACCCUUUAUCCGCAAAGCAAUUAAAUGCAUCUGAAGGAAAAAGCAAUCAACACACUAGUCAUGUUUCAUCCUCUCCUCAACAACAACAAACACAACCACAGACACAACCACAGGAACAGCAGCCAUCUCCAGAAUCCUCAUCAACCACCCCCAGAGAACAAGACAAUCGUCUCCAACUUCCUCCCCACCUUAACACCAAUGUUCACAAAUCAAGCCAUCCUCUCACCACCUCUCCAACCUCCACACAACAACAACACGAACAAUUAUUACCACAACAACAGCAUGAUGACCUUCCACAAGACACACAACCUAAACCUCAACAACAACCACAAGACUCACACCAUGAACCUCAACAAGACCCAUUGACGCAUCAAGCAGCUGUAGAUGCUCAUCUCAUGCCACCACCACCACCAUCCUCAACUACUUGUCAUCAUCAAAGAUUUGGUCUUCACCACCAACACCACCACCACGAAUCCAUGUCCACCAACACACCUAAAUUCAUUUCCACACAAAUUCAUCUCAAAGAAAAACCAAAAAGUAAGGAUCAAGUACUCGACAACAUCUCCACACAACAGGUGAUUCUUCCUCCUCUCGAAGAAGGUGAUAUUAUCAUUAAAGUGUUGUAUAUUGCCAUGGAUGCAUCGUUUCGAACGUUGGUGUGUCAUGAGUGUGAUCGAUAUUGUCCUCCACCAUUUUGUGGUCCUUCUCACUCAUCAAAAUCAUCAACAACAACCUCAACAACCUCAACAACACAACAGACAUCACGUGAACAACAGCAUGUUUCGAAAAGCGAGGCAGAAAGUGGUCGAUUUAGUCAUGGAGGAGAGGACAAAAAGUGUCAACUCAAUCAUGGAGUAUUGAAAGGAUAUGCAGUGGGAGAGAUAGUGGAAUCGAGAAAUCGAAUUUUUACAAAGGGAAGAAACGUCUAUGGAAAUUUGGGUAUUCAAAAAUACUUGUAUGCCACUGGAGGCUGUGAUCUCGAUGACAACUUGGUUCGAGACAUUACCAUGAAUUCCUCCUUAGCUUCUUUUCUCACUCUUUCCAAAGCAGGUUUAUGUGCCUAUUUCGGAGUGACUGAACUUUCAAAUGUGACUGAAGGAGAUUCCGUCAUGGUCACCGGAGGAUCGGGUUGUGUCGGAGCCUUAAUUCCACAAAUUGUUCGAGCGUUUCUCAUGGAUCAACAUGUCAAGCAAUUACAAAAAGAACAAGAAGAAAAGGCACAAAAAUCACUUGCCAAGACCAAAUCGUCGUCGUCUAAGGCAAAAAGUCCAACCUUAUCGUGGUGUGUCAAUGCAUUGGUUGGAGCAGAUCAUACACAGAGUCCACAUCCAUCUUCAUCGACGUAUGGUUCCUACUAUCAGCAACAACCACCCUAUCGUUACGAGUCUCCUUCAUCAUCCUUGUCGACACCAGAAGAUGAAAAAGAGGAGACCAAGGUAUCGCCUUCUUCUCAACACACAACCUCUCGACUCUUUCCUCAUCCCUCUGCACCUGCCAUCUUUUCAAUGUAUCCCACUUCUCCACCACCUGUCAUGAUGGUCACAAAACCACCUUUGACUCCUUCGUCUCAAGUGCCACAGGUGAAAAUUUGUGGUCUUUGCUCCUCAGAGAAAAAAGUUCAAAUCAUGAAACAGAACUUCAAGUACGAUGAAUGCAUUGAUUAUUCGCAGUAUUUGAAAAAACCAAUACCAUUCGAUGUGACACCCUCGGGAUCAUUUUGUGCUGGAGGUUCAUGUUUUGAGCCAGCUUGGGCUUCCAAUCCUUCCAGCUCUUCAACCAUUGCUGUGCAGCCACCUUCACCAUCGACUGCCUCUUACUUGACCGAUGUGUAUAAACGUUUGUCAGAUCAAAUGGAUCGAGAGGCAUUGAGUGAGGCCAUUCGAGCAAAGUGUCCAAAUGGAAUUGAUGUGUUGAUUGACACGGUGGGAGGUGUCAUGUUGGAUGUUUGCUUGGAACACAUUAAUCAUAAUGCUCGUGUGGUGUUGUGUGGUGCCAUUUCACAACAAAAUGCAUCGAAAAUUGAGGGACCUUUCAAUUAUGUGAAUUUGAUUCUAAAAAGUGCUCGUAUGGAAGGUUUUGUGUUGGACAAGUUUAAAUCCAAAUUUAAGGAGGCGUCACAGACCUUGGUAAGAUGGAUCCAGGAAAAGAAAUUGAAUGGAAUGGAGGAGAAUGUGGUUGAGUGCAACUUGGACCAGAAAGAGGAUGUUGCACGAGCCUUUGGUCUUCUCUUUUCUGAUGAAUAUACUGGAAAACUUAUUUUGAGAGUAAGGCAUUAA